AUGGACGAUCACAUGACCAAAAUGUUUUCAUCAGACAACUGUAAGGAUUUCACAGAUGCAACACAAGCAGAAAAAAGUGAGGUUCCCGGUAAAGCACUUGGCCAUGGUCUGCUUUGUAAAGUGUGUUCUGAUUCAAGCAGCGGUAAACACUAUGGUAUCUAUGCCUGUAAUGGCUGUAGUGGCUUCUUCAAGCGCAGCGUGAGGCGAAGACUCAUCUACAGGUGUCAAGCUGGAAAUGGCAGGUGCCCCGUUGACAAGGCUCAUCGUAACCAGUGUCAAGCUUGUCGACUGAAGAAAUGUCUCCAGGCGGGCAUGAACAAAGAUGCCGUGCAGAAUGAGCGACAGCCUAGAAGCACAGCACAUGUCAAUCUAGACUCUAUAAAUGUGGACACUAAAAAAGAACACCUGGCGACCACGCGGGAGCUCACCCCCUCUGCCACAAUUUCAUCAGUCAUCUGCAGACCUCUAGUCUCUUCCUCUGUCAUGACUUCCACCACCAUACAGUCCUGCAGCAACCCGAGUAACAACCAUCGCUUUAUGGUCAGCCUGCUGACAGCAGAGACCUGUGCAAAACUGGAGCCAGAGGAUGUGGAGGAGAAUAUUGAUGUGACAACCAAUGAUUCAGACAGAGAUCGGACUCCAUCAAACUGUUCCAUGUCCCCAUUCACCUCCAGCUGUUCAGAGAGUAUAUAUGAGACAUCAGCACGACUCCUCUUCAUGUCAGUCAAGUGGGCAAAAAAUUUGCCUGUUUUUUCUCACUUGCCAUUUCGAGACCAGGUGAUCCUCCUUGAAGAGGCUUGGAGUGAGAUGUUCCUCCUUUGUGCCAUCCAGUGGUCCCUGCCCAUGGACAGCUGUCCUCUGCUGUCUCUGCCAGAUCUUUCUGCCACACAGCAAGCCAAAGUCGGAUUCCCAACAGCUGACCUGCGCAUACUGGAGGAAGUCUUUAAUCGUUUCAAGGCUCUGGCUGUUGACCCUACUGAGUUUGCCUGCCUGAAGGCCAUCAUACUGUUCAAGCCAGAGACACGCAACCUUAAAGACCCAGAGCAGGUGGAGAAUCUGCAAGACCAGUCACAGGUGUUGCUGGGUCAUCACAUCCAUUCAAUGCAUACCAGUCAAAGUGCUAGGUUUGGGAGACUCUUACUUCUGCUGCCGUCCCUACACUUUGUGAGCUCUGAGAAAAUAGAGCAGCUGUUUUUUCAGAGGACCAUUGGCAGCACACCCAUGGAGAAGCUACUAUGUGACAUGUUCAAAAACUAA